ACGCUAUAGUUGCUAUGGCUCGUAAACAUAAGGAUUUGGAUUUCGUUAUUGUUAGUGGAGACGCAUUGGCUUCACCAGCGAUGAAUUUCGAAUUGAUAGUUUAUAUGGGCGAUGAAUCAGUGAUAUUUGCUGCCACUACGGGAGGUGGUCGGAAAAUGGCAGAAGAUCUUGGAACACCAUUCCUUGGAUCCACCAUACCUUUAGAUCCUCGCAUUGAGAACAAUUUAUUCUAUGGCAAAAUAUUUGCCCAUCAUAACGGUCUCAUAAAUGAAAAGUAUAUUAAUUUAGUUGCCGCAUUGUAUGAUCUUACUCUAUUUAGAAAGUUGUUGACACGAUUUCCAAAUAAUAGUAUGUUGUCAACAGCACAAUAA